AUGGCACCUACUGCAACCAACUUCCCAAACUCACAGGCCACUGCUGUACCUAGCAAAGUCAAUGAUGUCGAUCCCAUGGCUGCCAUGGCUCACAGAGGCAAGGCACUCCCUGGUAUCCCCAAGUUCAAUUCGUGUGCCGAAAAGCGACAAUGGCAGCUGCAGCACAUGGCCGGUGCAUUCCGCGUGUUUGCCCGCGAGGGUUAUGCGGAGGGAAUAUCAGGACAUAUCAGUGUGCGAGAUCCUGAAUUCGAAGAUAGAUUUUGGAUCAAUCCUCUCGGUGUGCACUUUGGGAUGUUGAAGGCGAGUGAUAUGGUUUGCGUGACUGUCGACGGUGAGGUCAUUGGUGGAAACUCGGCUGGCUCAAUCAACGCUGCUGGAUUCCAGAUCCACAGUGCGGUGCAUCGAUCGCGUAAAGACGUACACGCUAUCUGCCACACCCAUUCGGUGCACGGGCGAGCUUGGUCGGCCUUUGCGAAGCCUCUCCAAAUGAUCAACCAGGAUGUGUGCUACUUUUAUAAGGCUCACUCGGUGUACUCCAACUAUGGAGGCAUUGCAAAUGAGGCGUCCGAGGGGGAGAAUAUUGCCAAGAGUCUAGGCGAUGGAAAAGCCGUGAUUUUGAUGAAUCAUGGGCUGCUCACCGUGGGUGAGACUGUGGAUGAGGCGGCAUUCCUGUUCUGCUUGAUGGAGAGGAGCUGCAAGGUUCAAUUGUUAGCGCAUCAGACCGGACUCGAAAAGCAAAUUGUGAGCGAUGAGGAAGCCGCUUACAACUUUAAGAUGGCAAGCACGCCGGAGACCCUCUUCGCUGAGUUUCAGCCCCACUUUCAGUUUGAGGAGUAUCUAUCCAAGGGCGAUUUCAAGCAAUAG